AUGAUCUAUUCAUUCAUCCAUUCGUGCGUAUUCAGUUCCAUUUCCAUCCCCAACUGUGUACGGGAUAAUCAUCGUGAUGAAGAUCGUGUUGGAAAUGAUGAUACUGAUACCAUGGAAAGUGUCCGUGAUAAUGAUAGUGGGCCGGAUUCCAGAGACCAUUCCAAUCUUCAUCCCACCAGCCUGAAGCUAACACGGAGAUGGAUGUCAUCGUCACUAUUAGUAGUGCUAGCAGCAAUCGAUGUGAGAGCAUAUCUAAAUUGUAAUAUGGUGGUGAUUAGUUGA